AUGUCUAGUAGCAAACCUGUGCUGACGUUCGUGACUGGUAACGCCAAUAAGCUCAAGGAAGUGAUAGCCAUCUUAGGUACCGACUUUCCUUUUGAGCUACGCAAUCAAGCUGUAGAUCUUCCAGAACUCCAGGGCGAGCCGGCCGAUAUCGCAAAGGAGAAGUGCCGCCUUGCGGCCAAGCAAGUACAGGGCGCCGUGCUGGUGGAGGACACGUCGUUGUGCUUUAAUGCACUCAAGGGACUACCUGGUCCAUACAUUAAGUGGUUCUUGGAGAAGACGGGUCAUGAUGGGCUUAACAACAUGUUGGCUGCCUAUGAGGACAAGUCCGCCUACGCCCAAUGCAUCUUUGCUUAUGCAUCAGCAGGUGUCGAGCCGCAGGUAUUUUCUGGUCAGACACACGGAAAGAUCGUACCUGCUCGUGGCCCGACCACAUUCGGAUGGGAUCCAGUCUUCGAACCUGAUGGAUUCGAGCAGACGUACGCCGAGAUGGACAAGGUCACGAAAAACCAGAUCUCGCAUCGUUACAAGGCACUUGAAGCCCUAAAAGCCCACCUCAUGAAAGACCAGUAA